UGGUUGGGGAGCGGGUCCAAUUCAAACACAGAAACACUUCCCGUUGACGACUACAGUUAGACGUUUCUCCAGGAGACACACAUAAGAGGGAACAAACUACUUUACAAGCUUCAGCAUGUCGUCGUCGGUGAUGAGUGGCGUGGCGGUGUGGAGGGCUCACAGCGUUCUGGAGGAGUCAGACGGGGGCGAGUUCAGCUCCCCUGAGGCCCCCCCCCCCCCCUGACCGCUUCCGGAAGCUACGCUCCUCCUCCUCUCUCAACUCCCUCCGCAUGUCUCUGAAGAAGAGGCUUCCGCUGCGCUCUGUACAGACCAACUCCCUGCCAGACCCUGAGCUGACCCCUGACCCCACCUGGGAGAGUCUGCAGGCCAAUCAGAAGACCAACGCUGUCUGUCAGCUCACACGCAGCGCACGCAGCCACAUCGGGGGAGUGUACCAGAAGCUUCAGAGGAACAGAGCAGUGGUACAGGAGGAGUGUUUGGUGGCGACACCUGGCCAGGUGUGUGAGGGGGGAGAGAACAACGAGGGGGUCACCUCCCGUACACCCAGGCGCACCCCCGUCCGUUCCACCACACUCAUACCUACAACAACCCCCAGUCGCACCCCCAGAGCCACCGUGCCCAAACGCACCCCUGCCUCAGGCCGCAGGGGGAGGAGAACCCCAGGGCGAAGUCCUGAGGUGACAGGGGUGAAGAACGUGGGAGGGAGGAGGCAGCUGGUUCGGAUGGCUGCACUACGAAGCCCCUUCGCAUCUCCUAACACUCAGAGCCUCAGACGGAAGUUUGGCCGGGACCUGGAGAGUGUGUCCAGCGGUCUCAGGAAGCUGAAACGUCUGUCCCACGCCUUUGAUGAUGUCAUAGGGAGAGACGACCGCAGAACCUUCAACUACUCUCUAAUUGCAGAGUGAAUAUGCAGGUCCCGUGCAGCAGAGCGUUAUGGUGAGGAGGGUGGACCCCAACGGGAGGCACAGAGACAAACGCCUCCUACUAGCUCAGAAUUAGAAUUAGACGUUGAUCCAUGUUUCUCAAACGUCAAACUCCCGACGUCCUCAGACAUAGAUGGACGUCGGAUACUGACUGGUAUCACGGGGGACCUGGUUCACCUUGCAGUCCUCAAGCCACACUGAACCCCCACACACCUUCCUGUUACAGUGUGUUGGUGUGAGGAAUAUGUAUCUUUCCAUAUUCUAGAUGUCCAGUUGCAGCCAAAUAGAUUAGCAUCCUUGCAACUUCUCUUAAAUAAUUCCCCUUUUCUUCUCUUAAGUUAACGUCUGAGAUUGGUCUCCACACCUUUUUGUUAUUGGAUUGUCAACAUUGCAGAACAUAGGUUUGUUUUGUUGCUAGUUUUUGCAUGGCUUUUUGUUCAAGAUAAAUGCAGACAAAUGUUUCUUCUUCCAUCAAUGAGCUUGCUGCACUAUUCUACUGGAGAUUUGACCUUCAGAAAAGAACGGAUCUAGUUAUUCAAUGCCCUCCACCAACUGCUGUUUGGAGCUCUUCCCCAAGGUAAUGGAUGUGAUUCUGGACUCUUCACUGGCCUCUCCAGAACAGUCCAGCGUUUUCCUCUUGAACCAUUCCAGGGUGCUUCUAUGUGUUUUAGGGUUGUUGUCCUACUAGAAGACCCACAGCCUUCAACAGAGAGACAUUGCACUCCAAAAUGCCCUGAUAAUCUACUCAUUGCAUGGGGGGGGGGGGGUCUUCCUGGUGUCUCCUUCAGCAGCGGGGUCUUCCUGGUGUUUACCAACAACCAAAACAAAGCAUUCAGAUAAAAUAACACAAUCAAAGAUGGUGGAGGUUUGCUUUGCUGCUUCUGGUGCUAGUGGUCUUGGAACAGGAGAUUCUGGGUUUCUGGAGUCCAAUGUUCAACCCAGUAUCCAAAAACUGGGUCUCCAUUAAAGGUUGUGGGUCUUCCAGCAGGACAAUGACCCCUAAACAGAGGUUCUGGCGUGCCCAGCUAAGAGUCCCCAAAUUGACAGUUGAAAAGGUGUGUCAAGCAUGUAUAUUUUUGCUUCAAGAAGUGUUUGUCUGCGGUUAUCUUGGUCAAUAGGCUGUGCAACCAAGUACUAAGCUCUGAGGUGCCAAUCAUUUUGUCGAUGACAUUUGUCUUUUAAGUUUACAAUUUGAAAAUAAAGUUGACCAAAAAACAAAAAAAAUUGGUUCUGCAAUGUUGAUGAUCUAAUAAGGUGUGGUGACUAAACAUUUCUCAAAUUUGAACUUAUUUGAGAAACGGGGGACUAAGAAAAGUACAUGCGCGUGUUGGUACAUACCGGUUACUGUCUACCAGCCUGGGACAGUUUCUAUACAGUAUGUUCAUGUAUUCUAUUCACCUGAUGAUUCCCUGCCCACUUGACCCAGCUCCUGUCUAUUCACCUGAUCAUUCCCUGCCCACUUGACCCAGCUCCUGUCUAUUCAGCUGAUGAUUCCCUGCCCACUUGACCCAGCUCCUGUCUAUUCACCUGAUCAUUCCCUGCCCACUUGAACCAGCUCCUGUCUAUUCACCUGAUGAUUCCCUGCCCACUUGAACCAGCUCCUGUCUAUUCACCUGAUGAUUCCCUGCCCACUUGACCCAGCUCCUGUCUAUUCACCUGAUGAUUCCCUGCCCACUUGACCCAGCUCCUGUCUAUUCACCUGAUGAUUCCCUGCCCACUUGAACCAGCUCCUGUCUAUUCACCUGAUCAUUCCCUGCCCACUUGAACCAGCUCCUGUCUAUUCACC